AUGCCCCCAAAAGGGAAAAAGCGUUCCGCUACCGAUGCUUUCACGUCGAAAUCUACCUCGCCUGGAGAGUCCAUGAAUCAGCAUUGGACCAACGUCCUACCGAAGCUUUCAACAGGCAAGACAGUAAAUUUUGAAAGUCGACAAGGGACGAGCGAGAAAGGUUUCAACGCAGUGACCAGUACAAAUUCACAGCCAAUCAAACGAGGUCGAAAUCUCAAAGAACGUGCUCGGGAUUUGCUCCCAGGGAGACAGCAAUUACCCAUUUACAGCCAUGCCGACCAAAUCAGACAGAAGCUUCGGGACCAUGAUGUGCUCUUGCUGGUUGGAGAGACCGGUUCAGGAAAGUCGACUCAAAUUCCACAAUUCUUAGUGAAUGAGCAAUGGUGUAAGAAAAAGAAGAUUGGAGGAGGCAUGACCGUUGGCGGAUGUGUUGCCGUUACGCAGCCACGAAGAGUGGCCGCCAUCUCCCUGGCUCGGCGCGUUGCUGAAGAGAUGGGUUCUCCUCUGGGGAACUCGAGUCCGGCGUCCUUGGUGGGCUACUCAGUCCGGUUUGAGAACAGCACCAGUCCAUCUACGAGGAUCAAGUUUCUGACUGAAGGAAUGCUGUUGCAGGAAAUGCUUCGAGAUCCCUGGUUGAAGGAGUAUUCUGCCAUCGUGGUCGACGAGGUUCACGAGCGCGGUGUGAAUGUGGAUUUGGUGUUAGGGUUUCUCCGGAGGAUGCAGAAUCUCAGUGAUAAAAAAGAUGGAAGAGGUGGAAUUGGAAUCAAAGUCGUGGCCAUGAGUGCCACGGCGGAUAUGGAGAAGAUCAGGGAUUUCUUCAACGUCUCCUUGGACACAUCGUUCGUUCGCCAACAAGAAAUCAGUCACCCUCCAGAAGCGGAAGAGGACAGGUCUGGAUUGUCCGAGAACGAACAUCCUUCUGAUGAAAAGGCCUCACGCCCCAAAAGUCCUUCACAGAGUACCAAUGUUGUUCCGAAGGCGUUUUCGAACCGGAGAAAUUCUUCGACAGCUACCUCACUCUUCAUCAGAGGCCGUCAAUACCCUGUGAUGAUAAACUAUACGCCAACGCCAGUCCCCGACAUCCUCGACGCUGCCUACCAGCGAAUAACGCACAUCCACGCGCACUCGCCUUUACCGGGAGAUAUCCUAGUCUUCCUCACGGGCCAAGAAACAGUCGAAUCUCUCCUCAGCCUCGUGACAUCCUGGUCCAACUCCAUCCAAAAGGAUCCUAACCAAUCCAAAACACUGCCGAAACUCCUCAUCCUUCCUCUUUACGCUGCCCUUCCGUCAAGCAUGCAACAACGCGUUUUCCAACCAACACCCAAAUUCACACGCAAGAUCAUCCUAGCCACCAACAUCGCCGAAACUAGCAUCACGGUCCCGGGAAUAAGAUACGUGGUCGACACUGGGAAAGCAAAGCAGCGACUGUUCCGCCCAUCGCUGAACCUCGACACUCUCCUCACCGUCCCUAUUUCACGCAGCUCUGCGAAUCAACGAUCUGGUCGAGCCGGCCGAGACGCCCCUGGUACCGCCUACAGACUAUACACCGAAGCUGACUUCUACCGGCUUUCCCAGGACACGGAACCAGAGAUCCUCCGCUGUGAUCUCAGUCAGCUGGUUCUAACGCUCAAAGCACAUGGGAUCGACGAAUUGCAUAGCUUCCCGUUCCUAACUCCUCCACCCCGCAAAGCACUCGAAAGGGCGUUGACCCAUCUCAUCCAGCUCACGGCGCUAGACACCUCGACGGGCCAAAUCACGCGGCUCGGCCGGGAAAUGAGCGUUCUUCCACUUCCCGUGAGUCUGGCCCGCGUGCUCCUCGCCAGUGCGGAGUCUGAGUACAAUUGCAUCGAAGAAAUAAUUGACAUCGUCUCGGCACUCAGCGUCGAGAAUAUCUUUCUGAAUAUCCACCACCAAAAUCAAAAUCAAGCACAUUCGAACGAUCCGCCCACUGCCUCCACAAACCUUCUUGAGAGCGAGGGAGAUGAAGAGGUCGAAACCCGCGAAUCACGCGCCCAGCAGGCCCGCCGCGCCCUCUUCCGCCGCGAAGGUGACCACUUGACGCUCCUGGCGACGGUCCAGGCCUACGCGGCCGAGAACACCGACCGCCGCCGCUGGUGCGAGGAGCGCUUCAUCUCGCAUCGCGGCAUGAGCGGCGCAAUGGACGUAAGGAAACAGCUGACGGGGUUGAUGAGUCGGUAUCGAAAUCAGAAAGAGGAUCAAGGUCAAGCGCCGUUCCACGGCACGAACAAGAUGAAAGACCACCUUAAAAACAAAGACGGAGACAAAAGUCAAACCAAGGACGACGAUUCGAGUUCGGCUCCGAAGCCAGCUGAAGAACCCAGACUAGCAUCAGUGCCGCCUUCAAGCGUGAAGCCGGAUGAACCACUCACCACCCGCAUCCUAAAAUGUCUACUUACCGGCUUCUAUCCCAACGUCGCCCGAUUGAGUUCUGACGGCAGCUAUCGAACCCUACUCACCAACCAGGCGGUUGCUAUUCAUCCAAGUAGUGUACUAUUCUCCGUCUCUUCGACUUCCACUUCAGCCGGAUCAUCUAGUACCGGUUCGAAUGGCACCCGCAGAUUCGAAGGGAUAAUGUACAAUGAAUUCGUAUACACGGGGACCAAAGCAUACGCGAGAGGUCGCCUAGUGUCUAACGACCUAGUCAAUCCGUCAUUUGGACUUCUGCUCCUGGCAGGAGGAGCAAUUACUACGCACGACGCGAGGAUCACGAUACACAAUGUCAAUGGAGGAGUCAAAGUGGAUAUCGACGGAUAUAUCUCGGCCAUUCUUCAGGGGCAGGACCAAGACCCACAGGCGGACGCUGAAAACACUGCACACCCGAUAUAA